ACCUAUCAGGGCUGUCAUAUUCACUUCUAGGCCACAAAUGUCUGCCUAUCCUGUACUGUGGUAUAUACUUCAGAUCGCUGCUCUCCAAUUUGCUGCGUCUAUUAUAAUUAGAAGUGCAUGUCUUCGAUCCCAUAAGCUUAUCCGUGUGGCACCAGUAUUAUUUAGGUGGGCACCUAGCCUUCUGUUUCUUUCCAAGGCUGACAAAGCCGCCGAGCGCCGGCGACACACUUCCCCGAUGACGAGAGGCGAAAACCCACGACUUCCAAUCGCGAACUCUGAUAAUGGCGCUCUACCGACCCCCUUGAACGAAACACCCUGCCGAUCUACGGUUAUAUUCCUUCCUGAGACAGCAGCACCAUGUCGCUGGCAAAGAUUAAGCACAUUGUCCUGGUCUUGUCCGGCAAAGGCGGCGUCGGAAAGUCCUCGGUGACAACCCAGCUCGCGCUCUCCCUCUCGCUAGCCGGCCACUCGGUCGGGGUUCUCGACGUUGACCUGACGGGCCCGUCGAUUCCGCGCAUGUUCGCCAUCGAGGACGCCAAGGUGACCCAGGCGCCCGGCGGAUGGCUUCCCGUGACGGUGCACGAGGGAAGCCCCGGCGACGGCAUCGGGCCGCUGCGGGUCAUGAGCCUGGGCUUCCUGCUGCCGCGGAGGGGCGACGCAGUGGUGUGGCGGGGCCCCAAGAAGACGGCCAUGGUGCGGCAGUUCCUGUCGGACGUGCUCUGGGACGAGGCCGACUACCUGCUGGUCGACACGCCGCCGGGCACGAGCGACGAGCACAUAUCGCUGGUGGAGACGCUGCUGAAGACGGCGAGGCCCGACCAGCUCGCCGGCGCAGUGGUGGUCACAACCCCGCAGGCGGUGGCGACGGCCGACGUGAGGAAGGAGCUGAACUUCUGCGCCAAGACGGGCGUGAGGGUGAUCGGCGUCGUGGAGAAUAUGAGCGGGUUCGUGUGCCCCAACUGUAGCGAGUGCACCAACAUCUUCAGCAGCGGCGGGGGGAAGAUCAUGGCCGACGACUUUGCCGUCAGGUUUCUCGGGAGCGUGCCCGUCGACCCCCAGUUCGUCAUGCUAGUCGAGACAGGCCGGAGGCCGAAGUAUCCUGCCGGGACGGAGGUCAACGGCCGGGACAUGUCAACACCUGCGGAUGCCAGUAACGGGCACGACGCUACGAGGGAUGCUGGGUCGCUGGUCGAGAAAUAUCGGCAUUGCUCCCUCGCCCCCCUUUUCAAGACAAUCACCGAGGACGUUAUAUUGGCCGUACAGCAGCAGGGUCUUACGGUUUGAAGGAUGCGUCGGAGUGCGACACCUUUGGGGAUAAUGGCACAAGCUCUGCACUCUGAAAAUGAGUUUGCAUUGAAUCUGCCUGACAUGGGACAUGAGGCACGGCUUCUCAAAACAUACACUAUCCAUACCCGCCCCCUUUCCACUCUGCUCGCGUAGCUGUGCAAUACAAACACGGGAGCAAAG